AAGGAAACAACGAUCCAUCCCAAAAAAUCAUAGUUAAAGUAGAUACUAGAGAAAGUUUAACGAAAAGAUAGAUUUCAUGGAGGACAAAGAUACGAUGAGUUUAUUAAGUGAGCUAAGAGAUACCUUCAAAAGUGGUAAAACAAAAAGUUUAGAAUGGAGGAAAACUCAACUCCAAGCUCUCUCAAAUAUGGUAGAACAUCAAGAAAAAUUGUGUUUUCAAGCUCUUUUUGAUGAUGUUGGGAAGGGAAAACUUGAAGCUUAUAAGGAUGAGGUUGGACCAACGAAGAAAACUAUCGAUUACGCUCUGAGUAACUUGAAGAAGUGGAUGGCUCCCAAAAAGGCAGGUUUGACUUUGCUAUUAUUGCCCUCGAAGGCAGAAAUAAUACCUGAGCCAUAUGGCCUUGUUCUCAUACUGACAUCUUGGAACUACCCUUUUGAUUUGGCAUUGGAACCAUUGAUUGGAGCUAUAGCUGCAGGAAAUGUGGUAGUGAUAAAGCCUUCAGAAUUAGCACCAGCAACCUCUUCUUUUCUUGCUAACACCAUUCCUCAGUACAUGGAUAACGCGGCGAUUAAGGUCAUUGAAGGAGGUCCUGAGGCUAGCCAGCAACUCUUGCAGCAGAAAUGGGACAAAAUUUUCUACACUGGGAGUCCAAAGAUUGGUCGCAUAGUGAUGACAGAAGCUGCCAAGCAUUUGACUCCUGUGGUUUUAGAGCUAGGUGGGAAAUGCCCCAUGAUCUUUGAUUACUCCACAAUAUCUUCCAAUCUCAAGGUGGCUCUUAGAAGGCUAAUAUCUGCUAAGUGGGGGGUUUGCUGUGGGCAAGCUUGCGUGGCGAUAGAUUAUGUGCUCGUGGAGGAGAAGUUUGCAUCUUCAUUGGUUGAUUUGCUAAAGGUGAUAAUAAGAAAAGUAUAUGGAGAUAACAUAGAGAGCUUGGCAAACCUUAGCAGGAUUGUUAACAAGCGCCACUUUGACAGAGUUUGUAGUUUCCUUAAGGAUCCUAUGGUGGCAGCUUCGGUCGUGCACGGAGGCUCAUACAAUGAAAAAAAUUUGGUUAUUGAGCCAACAAUCUUGCUGGAUCCUCCACUUGAUUCUGCUGUCAUGAACGAGGAGAUUUUUGGCCCAAUUUUGCCAAUUAUAACUUUGAAGAACAUUGAACAAAGUAUUGACUUCAUCAAUAUGAGGCCGAAGCCACUUGCUCUUUAUGCAUUCACUCUCAACGAAGCAUUAAAAACACGAAUAGUCUCUGAAACAUCCUCAGGAAGUGUAACUUUUAAUGAUGUUUUAAUUCAGUAUGUAUGUGAUGAACUGCCAUUUGGAGGAGUAGGGCAGAGUGGGAUGGGGAGAUAUCAUGGCAAGUACUCGUUCGAUGCGUUUAGUCAUGAGAAAGCUGUUCUGCAUAGAGGCUACUACCCUGAUUUAUCCAUGAGGUAUCCACCAUGGAACGCGUUCAAGAUGGAGUUUUGUAGGUUGGGUUACAGUAUGGACUACCUCAAUCUCAUACUUCACUUGCUUGGCCUCAGAAAAUAUCCCAAAGAUGAUUGAAACAGAUUGAAUAUAAGUAUAAUCUCAUCAUAUGAACACUUGUUGUUAAGCUUAAUUUGGCUUAUUUCUCAUUUUGCAAUAUAGAUGUUGGUUUUGUAACACUCAAGGUACAUUAAGUUGAAAGUAUAUUUAAAUCAUAAGCGCUACAUAAGCAUUGAAAAACAAUACAAAAUGUUAUUCAAUCCUCUGAAGGAUACCUGACUAUCAAACUGUUCUAUUUGUUGUAUGGAAAUAAGUUGUGGAUUUCAUUA